AUGGAAUUGAUGUUGUCAUGUUGUCAAAAAUUGGAAAAUGGCCGCGAAACAGAAUUCUUUUGUGCAGGAAGGCCAAACCACAUCUGAUGAUAUUCCUCUGACAUCAUUGGAAGAAAGUCUUCUCAGUUUAGAGAAGCUCGAUCGUGCAUCACCGGAGCUAUGGCCUGAACAGAUACCUGGAGUAUCGGAGUUUGCGCCAGUUCAGAAUGCCAAUCAAUCUCCCCCAUCCUGGAAUAAAGGCUUGACCAAGGAAGACUACACUUAUAUGCAACAACUGAACUCUUUGUCUGCGAGUGGUCUAAUUUUGGAAGUGAAGAAGCUUCACGACAUGGCAUACCAACUGGGACUAGAGGAGGCCAAGGAAAUGACGAGAGGGAAAUACUUGAACAUAUUUACAUCAAGGCGCCACAGGUAGUCAUCAUGGCAAUAUUAGCUCUAGGUUUAAUAUAGUUUUAUUAAAUGACCUACUUAGGUACCAAAUGGUUUGCAAUGUAAUGCACUAGGUAUCUGAGCAAUAUUGUUUACCUAUAUCAUUAUGAAACUUUGUAAUCAGCCUACAUAAUAUUAUCCUUUAAUUUUUAUAAUCACUUUAGUACUAAACAAAAAUCCUUUUUAUCCAUAAAAAUCUAGCUGUGUGAUAAAUAAACAAUGUAUGUCAUAUUUUUAAAUUUUAUUAGCAAGUUAUAAUAAUAAAAUUAAUCUAUAAA